CCAAGUGGAGAAUUUUAGUCGAACUUGUCCAGCAUAAGCUGUAUAACAUAGUUACUGCUACAAACCAAAUUGAAAGAAGCCUCAGUUUUCACAGUGGGGGAAAUGGAAGUAGCAGGGGUUACAACUGCAGGCAUAGUUCUCAUACUGAUAUUAUGGGCAUGGAGGGUGUUGAAUUGGUUGUGGUUGAGACCAAAGAAGCUAGAGAGGCUACUCAGAGAGCAAGGUCUUCAAGGGAAUCCUUAUAGGAUUUUGGUUGGGGACUUGAAAGAUCUUCUCAAGAUGCAAAAGGAAGCAAAAUCCAAACCCAUGAGUCUCUCUGAUGAUAUAGUGCCCCGUGUGUCUCCCUACUUGGAAUGCAGUGUCAACAAACACGGAAGAAAUUCUUUUAUCUGGUUUGGACCAACACCAAGGGUGACCCUCACAGAUCCUGAAUUAAUCAAAGAUGUGUUUAAUAAGAUCUCUGACUUCCCAAAGCCUAAUUCUAAUCCGCUUGUGAACUUACUCGCUACUGGUCUUGUAAGCUAUGAAGGAGAUAAAUGGAGCAAGCAUAGAAGGAUAAUCAACCCUGCAUUUCAUAUAGAAAAUUUGAAGAUCAUGUUACCAAUAUUCUUCGAAAGUUGCAAUGAUCUAAUUAGCAAAUGGGAAGGAAUGUUGUCUUCAGAUGGAUCAUGUGAAAUGGAUGUAUGGCCUUUCCUUCAGAAUUUGGCUAGUGACGUUAUUUCUCGGACAUCAUUUGGAAGUAGUUAUGUAGAAGGAAGAAGAAUAUUUGAACUUCAAAAAGAGCAAGCUGAACUUACAAUGAAAGUUAUAGUGAAAGUUUACAUCCCUGGAUGGAGGUUUCUACCUACAACUAUUCAUAGGAGGAUGAAGGAAAUUUCUAGGGAUGUAAAUGAUUCGCUUAAGGAGAUCAUUAACAAGAGGGAGAGAGCGCUAAAGGCGGGUGAAGCCAGUAGGAAUGACUUAUUAGAUAUUCUUCUGGAGUCAAAUCAGAAGGAAAUUCAAGAACAUGGAAGCAGCAAGAAUGUAGGAAUGAAUCUUGAAGAUGUAAUUGAGGAAUGCAAGCUAUUCUACUUCGCAGGGCAGGAGACAACUUCAGUUUUGCUGGUUUGGACAAUGGUGUUAUUGAGUAGGUACCCUAAUUGGCAAGCACGCGCAAGGGAAGAAGUAUUAAAAGUAUUUGGUAACCAAAAGCCAGAUUUUGAUGGGCUAAGUCACCUUAAGAUUGUCACUAUGAUUUUGUAUGAGGUUCUUAGGUUAUACCCACCAGUAGUUGGACUUGCUCGAAAAGUUCACAAAGAUGUGAAACUUGGAAACAUAACAUUACCAGCUGGAGUGCAGGUUUCGUUACCAACAGUUUUGGUUCACCAUGACUCUGAACUAUGGGGUGAUGAUGCUAAAGAGUUCAAUCCUGAGAGGUUCUCUGAAGGACUUCUGAAAGCAACAAAAGGAAGAGUUUCAUUCUUCCCUUUUGCAUGGGGACCAAGAAUAUGUAUAGGACAAAACUUUUCCCUGUUGGAAGCAAAGAUGGCUUUGUCAGUCAUUUUACAACAUUUCUCAUUUGAACUUUCUCCUGCCUAUGCUCAUGCUCCGGCUACGGUUAUUACUCUUCAGCCUCAAUUUGGUGCUCAUAUCAUUCUACGUAAAGUUGAAACAUAAAUAAUGAAAAAGCUCUUGUUGUACACAUUGCUGUUGGAAAGCUUAUGAUGUAAUUAAUUACAGGAAUCUCUUAUGGACCCUACCAUAUGUAUGCUUUCAGUUCAACAAUAUUCCUGAAUCUGUUCGUACCAGAUUUUAUAAAUUUGAUUUUUCUAUAA